AUGGCUGUAGUAUCUGGUGUUCCGUUCGUUGAGCCUCAUAUGGCUUUCGACACGAUUUUGGUCCUAGACUUUGGCUCCCAGUACUCUCAUCUUAUCACGAGGAGGCUUCGCGAGCUUAACAUUUACUCUGAAAUGCUCCCAUGCACUCAGAAAAUUGCCGACCUGUCAUGGAAACCAAAGGGUGUUAUUUUGUCUGGGAGUCCCUACUCCGUGUAUGCGCCGGACGCCCCGCACGUUGACCCAGGUGUGUUUGAACUUGGAGUUCCUGUGCUAGGGAUCUGUUACGGGCUGCAAAUGAUUGCUUGGAACUAUGGCAAAAGUGUCUCAGCUGGUGACAAGAGGGAGUACGGUCAUGCGAAUUUAACAGUAAAGCGUCACCCGGAACAAGCUGCGCACAUCGAUAUAUUAUUUGAAGGGCUAGAGGGAGAUCUCGUGGUUUGGAUGUCACACGGAGAUAAGCUAUCGCACCUCCCGGAGAAGUUUGUGACAAUUGCUAGUACACCUAACGCCCCUUUUGCCGGAAUCGCACACGUAGAGGAGCUUUUCUAUGGCAUCCAAUUUCACCCAGAGCUUACACACACCCCUCGGGGGAAGGAUAUUCUUCGAAACUUCGCCGUCAGAAUCGCGAAAGCACAGCAAAACUGGACGAUGGGAGAAUUCGUUAGCCAAGAAAUCGAGCGCAUUAGAAAAUUGGUUGGGGAAAAGGGACAGGUCAUUGGAGCUGUCAGCGGAGGUGUUGAUUCUACAGUUGCUGCAAAGCUCAUGAAAGAAGCAAUUGGCGAUCGCUUCCAUGCUGUUCUCGUUGACAAUGGGGUUCUCCGCUUGAACGAGGCGGCUAUUGUCAAGGAAACAUUGACGAGGCAUCUCGGUGUCAAUUUAACUGUGGUUGAUGCCAGUGAGCGGUUCCUUGGCAAGCUGAAGGGCAUCAAGGAUGAUCCUGAAAGGAAACGGAAGGUCAUUGGUAAUACAUUUAUCGAGGUCUUCCAAGAAGAGGCUAAGAAGAUCGCGGCUGCUGCUAAGGGAUCACACAACGAGGGUGAGAUUGAAUGGCUUCUUCAGGGUACCUUGUAUCCUGAUGUUAUUGAAAGUAUCUCAUUCAAGGGGCCCAGCGCAACUAUAAAAACCCACCAUAAUGUCGGCGGUCUACUUGAAGGCAUGCACCUGAAGCUUAUCGAACCCCUCCGCGAACUUUUUAAGGACGAAGUCCGUGAACUGGGUGUACAACUCGGUAUUCCGGAGGAACUUGUCUGGCGCCACCCAUUCCCUGGUCCUGGAAUCGCCAUCCGAAUCCUUGGAGAAGUCACCCCUGAACAAGUCCGCAUUGCCCGGGAAGCGGAUCACAUUUUCAUCGAAGAGAUCAAAGCAGCCGGUCUAUACCGCAAAAUUAGCCAGGCCUUUGCUGCACUUCUCCCCGUCAAGGCGGUUGGCGUGAUGGGCGACCAGCGGGUUCACGACCAGGUGAUUGCUCUCCGGGCUGUGGAGACCACUGAUUUCAUGACUGCAGACUGGUAUCCGUUUGAUGGCGAGUUCUUGAAGACGGUUAGCAGGCGAAUUGUGAAUGAGGUUAAGGGCGUAUGCCGGGUGGUCUACGACAUCACCAGCAAACCCCCCGGUACCAUUGAGAUGGAGUAA